UAAGUUAUCAGAGUGUUGUCGUCUGGACUGGAAGUGGCAGCGGCUUUGAAAUGGAAACUAACCAACAAGUGUUGCUUUAUAUCAAAUUGCCUUUGUUUUCUGGGUCGAGUGAUUGUGUACCAUGUCAGUGUAUAAUCAAUUAUGUUAAUUUAACAUCUUCCUCUUAUCCCAUUAGUUAUCGUAUUACUUGAUAGUAAGCUUUGUUACUAGUUACUACCAUGGCUGGGCAGGGGCUUAUAACCAAGUUUACAAAUUGUUGUCUUUUACGAGAUCAUCAGAUAAUCAAAGAUGAUUUGUGGGUACAAGAUGGAAAAAUAAUAGAUCCGAUGGAAGUGUUCUAUAAACAUAAGAAAGUGUACGAUUUAAAAGUUGAUUGUGAAGGUGCUCUGAUCUCUCCAGGUUACAUUGACUUGCAGUUGAACGGUGGAUUUGGUUGUGACUUUUCUCAUGAUAUUGAAAACACUGAGGAGUGUGUGAGGAAGGUUGCUAAGGGUAUUCUACCGCAUGGUGUAACCUCUUUCUGUCCUACUCUAGUAACAUCUGGGCCUGAUGUUUACAAAAAGGUUAUUCCUCGAAUUAUGAAACAACAAGGAGGGGAGGAAGGAGCUUCAGUAUUAGGAGUUCAUUGCGAGGGCCCAUUCAUAAGUCCUGAAAAGAAGGGGGCUCAUUGUCUGUCUAGUAUCAAAGACAUUGAUCAGGAUUCUUCACAGGCCUUACAAGUAACAGAUACAUAUGGCUGUUUGGAGAACAUAGUUAUAGUCACUCUAGCUCCUGAAAUGCCAAAUGCACUGAAUAUGAUCGAAUUUUUGGCCAAGGAAAAUAUCGUUGUUUCUCUGGGCCAUUCCAAUGCCAACAUUGAUAUUUCCAUAAAGGGAGUGGAAAAAGGAGCCACAUUUAUCACGCAUCUAUUCAAUGCUAUGUCUGCAUUCCAUCACCGUGAUCCAGGCAUAGUUGGACUGUUAGCCAGUCACUACAAAAAUGUGUUCUUUGGUCUGAUAGCGGAUGGCAUUCACACACAUCCAGCCGCGCUCAGGAUAGCGCACAGAACGCAUUCUGAUGGUACAGUGGUUGUAACAGAUGCAUUAUCAGCCCUUGGUCUUCCCGAUGGAAUUCAUUAUCUAGGCUCAAAAAGCAUAGAGGUGAAAAAUGGCUGUGCUUAUUUAGCUGGCACUGAUACCAUAUGUGGCAGUAUCACUAAUUUUGCCCAGUGUAUCAGGAUAUUCAAACAUAGCACAGGUUGCUCAACAGUUGAGGCCCUGGAGGUAGGUACUUUGCACCCAGCCCAGGUUUUGAAAAUCGAGAACCAAAAAGGAACUCUAAAAUUUGGGGCUGAUGCUGACCUGAUCUUCCUCAACGAGAAUUUGGAAGUUCUCCAGACGUGGAUAAGUGGAAAAUGUGUCUUCAAGACAUAAUCAAUUGAUUUUCAGCUUUCCAAAUAACAUAUAUUAUCAAAUUAAUUUUUCAUACAUUCAAUUUUAGCAUUUGAUGUUCUCCAAAAAUACACAUCAUCGACUCAACUUAAUCUAACGUUCAGACUUUGACUAAAUUUGUUCCACUUGACCGAGUGCGGAUCAAGCGUCGUUUGGUUUGUAAAUGAAACAACGAAACUUUUAUCAAAACAUAAUACUUUUUCCAAUGAUUUUAUAGUUAUUAUCAAUUUUAAUCAUGAGAAAAUGAUUUUAAGCAAUGAGAAAAACAUUCCCCAAGUUGGUAUUUAUUGUUCAACUGUCUUGUUUAGAAGCCAGUGUUGGUUUAAUGCAAAUUCUCACAUUAUAUCAGUUUCAGUGUCAUACGUUUCCGGUACAGUGAAAUUAUCAUUCUCCUGAGUUUUCUGGGACUAUUCAUACUCGCUUAGCCAGGCUGGGUGGGGAUAGUUCCAUUAGAACUUGAGGAAAUAAUAGCUUUACUUUACCGGACACCUACGCUGAUAACUGGGAAUCUAGUUUUACUUUGUUUUGACACAGCGUUCAACCUGCUAAUAGGUGAUAAACCUAGCCUAUAUUUUUCCACCAGUUCUUUGAGUAUAUCACUCAUUUUUGACACAAUUAAAAUUCCUUUUUUCAAAAAAGGGAAAUCUUUAUACAUAGAAACACUAACAUUAUUUGUUUUGUCUAAUAUUCUAGAUUGUUCAUUUUGCAAUUUCAAAAUUGUAAGGAUGAAUUGGCUUUCAUGAUUUUUGCAAUUGUUUUUGAAAACUUGUAUAGGUACAAGCCUAAGGUUUCUAAAACUCUCGGUCACAAGAACCAGUCUAACUGGAUUGAUACUAAUAUUAUUGUGAUUAUAGUUCCCAUCGGUAUAAUGCUUUAAUAACUUUAUUUUGUGAAAUUGUAUCAGCUUUAUUAUUAAAACUUACCUUACGGUAGGUAAAUUGGAACCCACCUUAACGGUACCUUCGUCUACCUUUUUUCAUAAAAUGGAGGUAAAGCUCUCAUUUUACCAAUAAAAGUUAGAAAAAUAUCAUCAUAAUAUUAAAAUAUAUUGGUAUUUUAUUUCGAUUGUUUUUAUUUUUAAAAUGAAAAAUAACCAUAAUAAUUGUGUUAAAUUAAAUUAUGUUACAUGUAAUUAUUUUAGCUUGAAACUUUGACCAAAAUCCUAUUACGAAGAAUACUACUGGAUAUCGAAGUGGAAUUAGAUAUUUUUCAAAAAUUUUUGUUCAAGACCCGGUUGCGCACUAGCCGGUCAAAUUUAAAUCAUGAUUACACGAGAACCAAUCAGAGAAGCCUUCUUUGAUUAAUUCUCGUGGAAUCAAUCACGAUUAAAAUUUGACCGGCUUGUGUGCAACCGGCACUGUGUCUCCAAAUUUAUAAUUCUUCAUUUCUUUAUACUACUCAAAUUAAUAACUUGUGUAUUCGGACGAAUGCAAUAAUAGAUUUGCUCAGCCAAUAACUUUUCAAUACACACGUUUCAUAAAUUUAAGUAGAGAAAAUGCAGUAAAAUUAUUACUGCUGUUCUCUAGCAGUAAUAGAGAAAUAAAUAAUAGUAAUAAAUAACAGUAAUAGAGUAAUAAAUUCAAUAGUUUUUAUGCAGAAAGGAGUUUUGAGACGUGUAAUCUAAAUUUAUAAAGUCAAGUUAAAUUAUAAUCUACAAUUACCUGGUAUUUUAUAUUUCCCAUUUGGUUUUUCUAGAUUAUCUAGAAUUACAAUUUUAUGUGUGUGUACUGAAAAUUGGAAAUAUAAUCUAACUUUCUCUUUUGACUGUGUUAUCACCCACAAAUUUUCUAUGGAAGAUUAUUUUUAUUAUUUUAUGGACCAUUAUUUUUUUGGAAGAAAAAUAACACAAGGAUAACCUUAGUAUUUAAUACACCAAUGCUAUAUUAUAUCGGUGUCAUUUGUAACAUAAAUCAAUAUAUUGGUUGAAGGGUACUGCACUAUAAAUUAUGUAAUAUAUAUCAAGAUUGAUGGAUUUACCAUUCACUAUUAGUCAAAAUUUAAUACUGUGAUACGGUUUUAAAAUUUAAAUAAUAGAAUAGUUCACUGUUAGCUUUAUUGGCUAUUGGGUAUACAUUUUUAUUAAGAAAAGAAAAAUCAUUGUAAAUGUAAAGCACACAAGCGAUAUUGUAUUGUAACAAUAUAACCAAAGAGAUUAAAAUUAUAUUUUGACAAU